ACAUGAGCAGAGUUUUAGUGGUGUUUGAAUGUGGCGGUCAUUAGUGACGUCAUUAUUCGCUUGCAAGAUGGCGGCGCUGUUUGUUGACACUCCACUCGCGAGAAGAAUGUAGAAGUUUUUGUUUAUUUUGUGUUUAAAGUUGCCUAAAUGUUAAGGCUUGACUACAGUGGCGCAGCGCAUGUUGGCUGUGACCUAAUCUCUGGAGAAGACGUGAGCUCCGCGACCAUCACUACGCGGGGAACUCCAAACCAUUGUAGUGCACCAUGUUUCAUCGCUUCCAUGACCUGAAAACUGGGCAAGACCCCGAGAUGAUGCAGGGUGGAAGUCGCAGUAGUACACCAGCGAGUGCUUUAGAAGGAAGAGCGAUGUUCCCUCACCCGUCUUCCGUCCCAGGCCAACAGAUUCCAGCCUCCUCAUACCCUACAAUAUCAAGCCCUAACACAAGCCUUAUGUCUCAGAGUGCCCAACUGAUGGCCUUGGGGCAUAAUAUGUUUUCAGGGUCAAAGUUUAUGAGUGGAGCACCACCUGAAGCACACCGAUAUCUUCCAGAAUCUUAUAGGUUAGCUGCUGAGUCUUUAGAUCAAAACAGGUAUGGAAUAGAUUCCCAAAGGAUGUCAGCAGAUCCUUACAGACAUACAAGUGAAGCACCGCGUUUGCCGACAGAUUUACAGCGGAUUCGCUCAGAAUUACAGCGUACAGAGGAACAAAGUUUAGACUCUUAUCAAAGAUCAAGUGAUCCUUACAGAAGUCCGGUGGAUUUACAGAGAACUCAAGAUAGUAACCUUCAAGAAAUUGCUUCUAAUGCACAGCGAUUAGUGUCAGAUUUACAGCGCCUUCAAGCAGAUCCUCAGAGACUAGUCACUGAGGCUUUACGUCCACCUGUGUCUGAAUCUGUGCGAAGUCCCCAGUCCCCAUAUCAUAGCAUAAUGACAGAUUCUCUGAGGCCCCCCUCUGAGCCAUCUCAGCGAAGUUUGCAGGAAUCAGUUCGUUCACAUGCAGAUGCACAGCGCAUGGUGCAGGAGAGUCUCAGAGAAUAUUUUAGUCCUACGCAAAGAACUGUUCCUGAGAGUGACAGGUCACCUACAGAACAAAGAAUGAUCUCUGAAAGCAUGCGAUAUUCACCAAUUGAUCCACAAAGAUAUGGGACAGACUUGAGCAGUCAGCGUAUGAUAGCUGAAAAUUUGCGUAUUAACACUGAUACAUCACAUCAUCUCAGGGCCGAUGCAGAAACUUCUCAACACACACGAGCAGAAACACCACAGCACAUAAGAGUAGGAGCAGAAACCCCACAGCACUUACGAAUAGGAGCAGAAACACCACAGCACUUACGAAUAGGAGCAGAAACACCACAGCACCUACGACUAGGAGCAGAAACCCCACAGCACUUACGACUAGGAGCAGAAACCCCACAGCACUUAAGAAUAGGAGCAGAAACACCUCAGCAACUUAGGGCAGGUGCUGAAACACCACAACAUAUCCGAAGUGGGCUGGACAAUAUGCAGCAUAUUAGACCUGGGGCAGAAACUCCAUUACAUCUUAGAGUAGGUGCAGAGACCCCACAGCACCUUCGAGCUGGAGCUGAAACACCACAGCAUUUACGAAUGAGUUUAGAAAGUCAACAGCAUAUUCGUGUUGGCGCAGAAACUCCUCAGCAUAUGAGAACAGGUGCAGAAACUCCUCAGCAUCUUCAUGGAGGAUUGGAUGCUUCACAGCAUAUUCGUUUGGGUGUGGAAACCUCACAGCAUCUUCAAGGAGGAGCGGAAACUCCUCAACAUCUUCGUGUAGGAUCUGAAACUCCUCAGCACCUUCGUUUAGUAGGAGGAGAAACGUCUCAGCAUCAUCGAUUAGUGGCAGAAACAUCUCAGCAUCUCCGUUUAGGAGCAGAAACACCACAACAUUUGCGAGUAGGAGCAGAAACGCCACAACACCUCAGAGUUGGGGCAGAAACUCCACAACAUCUAAGAGUGGGAGCAGAAACACCCCAUCUUCGUUUAGAUGGAGACAGUUCGCAUCACAUGCGAGUUGGGUUAGAAAUACCUCAACAUAUUCGUUCAGGAUUAGAGUCCUCUCAACAUUUGCGAGCAGAAACUCCCCAGCAUUUGCGAGUUGGGGCAGAAACUCCCCAGCAUUUGCGAGUUGGGGCAGAAACUCCCCAGCAUUUGCGAGUUGGGGCAGAAACUCCCCAGCAUUUGCGAGUUGGGGCAGAAACUCCCCAGCAUUUGCGAGUUGGGGCAGAAACUCCCCAGCAUUUGCGAAUAGGAGCAGACACACCACAACACAUGCGAAUUGGAGGGGAAACUCCUCAGCAUAUGCGAUUAGGGACUGAAAGUUCUCAGCAUAUGAGAUUAGGAGCAGAAACACCUCAACAUAUGAGAAUAGGAAUAGAAACGGCUCAGCACUUAAGAAUAGGUGCAGAAACACCACAGCAUAUGAGAAUAGGGGUUGAAACAGUACAACACAUGAGAUUAGGAGCUGAAACACCUCAGCAUGUGCGAAUGAAUGCAGAUGCUGUCCCUCAGCAUCCCCGUUUAUAUGCAGAAACACCCCAGCAUCAUCGUUUAGGAUCAGAUCCUCCUCAACACCAUCACCGCCUUGGAGUAGAAACACCUGACCAUGUACGUUUAGGCUCAGAAACUUCCCAAGGGCAUCCUAUGCUGCCUGAGAAUCUCAGGGUAACCUCAGAAGCCUCAAACAUGGUUCCAGAGAAUCUUUGUGUAACAGAACCUUCUCAUCAGUUGAUGCCUGAAAAUCUUCGUAUUAAUCAUGACAACACAAACACAUCCAGUAGUAUGAGAAUGAGCCUUCCACCCCCACCAGAGUCUCCAAUGCCUCCAAUGCGCUCUCAUUAUGACUCCCAGUCUCACCGGAUGAUGACAGAAUCUCCACACCCCAUCCGAGAGCCCAUGCGAGUUGAGUCUCCUCGUUAUUCAGAUUCCAUGUACCGUGGAGAAUUAAUUCACAGUAACCUUGGCUCUUCAGCUUCUGUGCCUACCACACCAAUGUCUGAUCCUUCAGCCACACCUGCUCCUUCCCAGCAUCAGUUUUACUCUAGCUCUUAUUCACAAUUUAAUCAGUACAUUGGUAAUGGUCAAGAUCGUGAUCACAGGGAUCUUAGUAUUGAUGAAGUUGAAGUUAAACCAUAUCAGGAUGUGAAACCUUUUGAUCCAGAGUACCCUGGCUCCUUAGUAGUGGGUGAAUCAGCAAUGCCUUCUACCCCAAAGCCACCCAGACCAAAAAAGCCCAAAGAACCUAAACCUCCUCGUGUACCAGUCGUUCACGCUUGUAACGAUUGUGAUAAGAUUUUCAAGAAUAGCACCCAACUCAAGAAUCACAUGUGGCGCCACACAGGGGAAAAACCUUUUACUUGUGAUACUUGUGGCUCUAAGUUUACUCAGCAAGGGAAUUUACGAGCACAUAAGCGUAUUCAUACUGGAGAGCGACCGUACCAGUGCCAAGAGUGUAAGUCAUGUUUCACUCAGCUGUCCACUCUAAAGACUCAUCAGAAAAUUCAUUCAGAUGAGAGGCCUUACAAGUGUGAUCAGUGUGAGGCAGCAUUUAGACAAAUUGCCAAUCUAAAGACUCACGCAGUCACUCACACAGGAGAAAGACCUCAUAAGUGUGACCAGUGUGAAAAGGCGUUUACCCAGAAGUCAAAUUUAAAGGCUCAUAAAAAUAGAGUGCACUGUGGAGAACCCGGAGCACCCCCAAGGAGAGGACGCAAGAAAAACCCAGCGGCAAUUAAGCCCUACAGCUGUUUAGAGUGUGGUGCAAAGUUUACCAUGAUGAGUAAUCUUAGAAUACAUAUGAAACUGCACUCUGGCGAGCGUCCAUUUGAGUGUGACCACUGUGGUGCGGGGUUUGCUCAAAGAUCUAAUUUGAAAACCCAUAUCCAAAGGAUGCAUGGAAAAGGCCCAGGACAAGGUAGACGUAAGAUACGAUGCGAUGAAUGCCCAGCAAUGUUCCGGCUGAAGCGAUGUUUGAAAACCCAUAAAAAGAAACGGCACCCAAUUAAAAGCCUUAAAAUAAAAAUUCUACGCGAGUCUAAAUAUUUAAUGCAGUCAGGGGGAACUGAAGGAGAAAGUAUGGCUGAAAAUGAGGAUGAGGAUGGAGGGAAUCGUUCUAAUUUUGAACCUAUUGUUGAGCUGUGUGAGCCCAAAGAAGAGCCUUAUUCUCCAAGUUUUACCAAUCCAGAAUCUCCAUGUGGUGAACCAGGUGAAUGGCGUAAAAAAAUUUCAAACAGAGUUAUUAAAAUUGAAGAGGGGGUUGAGGAUGAGGAACUUGACGAAGAAGAAGAGGAGGAAGAUGAAGAUGAAGAUGAUGAUGGUGAAGGUGAUGAGGAAGAAGAGGAGGAGGAGGAGGAAGAAGAAGAGGUAGAUCGGGAAUUACCAGACAAAGAGAAUUCCCAUGAAACAGAAUCAAAAGCUCUUCCACAAGAGUCUCAAGACAAAACUCUAAGUGUUAAAUGAUUAUCUUAGUGCACAAUAUGAUCUUAAAUCCCCAAGCUUUCUUAGUCUUUGCAGAACUACAAAUUUCCGUUUGAAAUCUGUUAUUCAAGAUAUCAAAAUACCAGUCCAAAGAUAGAUAGAUUGGUGCUUUAAGAGAGAGUGCACUUUUCUUGAUGUGGCCCCAAGAAGCGAAUCACACCACAUUAUGCUAUAUACAUGAGCCAGCAGCAGCAGCACGGGUGUUUGUUUUGGGGGUUACAGGUUGUGUUGGUCAGCAUUUCAGGUGGCUAAAUUCUGCAGCAGAGGUCAAAUGUAGCAGAGCCCAGUCAUUGCUUGUUUGACUUACUACUCAGUCUUCAUAGGCAAUGUAAGAUAUAAUACUUGAGUACAUUUAUAUAUAUUAAUGAUAAUUUAGAAUAUUCAUGUAGAGAGUUGAAAGUUUUACUUCAUCUUUUGAUUCAGAGGUUUUGAAGCCUUAUGAAAUGUUCAAGUUGUUUAUAUUGUAAACAAAAGCUUCAAUGUGUCUUUUUAAGGAGUUAGAAAGUUAACUUGGAAGGGUAUUUUAAUACUAAUAGAGCAUUUCUGAAAUUUCCUUGACAAUUUUAACCAGGUUCACAUUUUCUGGAUUGGUGAAGUGAUCAUAUGUUGUAUCAGUCACAAUCAGAAGAAAACAUUUCAACUUUGUUGAGUGACUGUAUAAAUGGUGAUUGUGGGAGUACUGUUGUAUAUCUGUUGCACAGAUAAAGGACUUUAUUUUCAAGAAACACUGUUAACAACAAGAAGGCUUGGCACCAUAUUUGUGUAAAAUAUAAAGUGUCUGCUUAGUGGUAAGUAUAACUAACAAGAAUCAAAUUAAACCACCAGAAAUCAUGGAGUUAGCAUCAUAGCAGAAUCAAAUUCAAAGAAAAUUGUCUGGCCUUCCGGAGUUUUCCUUGACAGUUUCAUUACAUAACACUUAGACAAAUAUGCCACGUUUAUUUGUGCUUUGAUAAUAAUUGGAGUGGCUAGAUGAGAUCUAUUACUGUUAGAAUUUAAUAAAUUCUAGUAUGUUUUAUUGUGCUGUUUUAUCAUUUUUAAAAAUUAGGAUCAGAUAGAUACAGAAUUAUUCAAAAUAGGUAUUUUGAAAAUGUAAGAAUCUGCAACUGGUGGACAUUCAAAUUAUAUUAGUGUAAUAGGUUUGCCAGAAAAUAACAUGUGAUUGAGUAGUAUAUUUUAAAAUUUCCAAAGAGUAUUUAUUUAGGUGAAGUGAUUCUUGUCCUAGACUGCAAUCAAAAUUUGGUCUUUUACUCUAGUGUUUUCAUUCUAGAAAGAGGGUAGGGUAAGCCAGUUUCUUGCCAAGACUUGAGACUACAGAUAUUGUUACUCAAGAAAUCUAGGGAUAAAGUAAGUCGAACAAGCAAGGGUAUGGCUGUAAAUAGUUUGUUGUGAGACUCUUCAGCGUUAGUGAGCAGGACAGCCUUUUUUUUCUGUUUUUUUUUUUUCAGCUCCUGGAAACAGCUUUAAUAGACCCCUGCCAGUGUUUAUCAAAGCCUAGACCUUGAGACUGAGGUUGCAGUGCUUUGUACUUUUUUGUUUUGUAUUAAUUUUUGUUUUAUUCUUUUUGUUUUUUACCUAGAUGUGAUAUGAAGGUAAGGUGCUCUGCACUACUACUUCAAGUUCUCUGAGGUUAUGGCUUGUAUUUGUGUGGGGUAUUUGAUCUGAUGGCUUUAGAGUGAAUGAUGUAAGAGUUGACUGUCUGUGUUUGUUGGUUGCGCCAGCUCCAAAGUCUCACUGUUGGUCUUGCAAAUCACACUUUAAAUAUGGGCAGUAUUUCAAAUGAUUUUCAAAUGAUCUAUGGUAUGUAGUAAAUUGGUAGUGCCAAUACAGUAAUACUUUGAUGGAGCACUUUUGUUGAAUAUCAACAUGACUUUGGUCAGGCGCUCCCAAUUUCAACACAUGGGGUUUGUGACAAGGUCGGUGCAUCCUUGUAGGGGAGGCUCUUUAGGGCUCAGCUACCCGCUACAACUCAGGUAAAGUUGAUCCUCAUCGACACUCCGUCUAAACAUUCAUUGAAAUCUUGCAUUAUUCAAUCUUGGAGAGUUUGCAGUGUCUUUGUCAGAUACUGCUGGGUAUGAAGGUACAAAAUUUUAUCACUUGCUGUUGUACUUAUCUUGCCAUUCAGUGUUCUAUAUUUUUUAUAUACCACUGAAGAUUCUUAAGCCACGAAGGACACAUCUGUUGGCUUAUUGGAUAUGUUGUACCUAGAUGUCUCCAGUUUUGUUUAAUGCAUUUUUUUUGUAGUUCAGGAUCCCAUAAAUUCAUUGAAGUACAGUGUUUCAACAAAUAUCAAAAAGUGUAUGUAUACAGUAUAUAUACUAUAAAUAUAAAAGGAAGGGUUACCCUUGUCCAUUGCAUUGGUUCAUGCCACUUCCAGGAGGCUUUUUGCCUGGUCUGAUUGCCUUUAAAUCCAACAAAAAAGGAGUAGAUAUCAUUUACUAGAUUAUUUCAGGAUUUGGUCAGGAACCUAUUGUACAGGGGCGCCUCUAAUCCAUGAUAAUUAUCAUGCUCAUGUUCAUUCUUUUGAUGAACAGUAAGAUGAUAUUGUACUUGAAAUGUAGAAGGUGUGUUUUUCUAAAAGUGUAACAAGCUCAUUGAGCUUCAUAUUGGUUUUCUAUUGGAAUAUAUUGAUUGAUGUGACUAUAAUUAAACUUUAAAGUGCUCAUCAUUAUCCAUUAACCAAGAGGAUAUUGAAAUAUUGUGUAAUUUUUCAUCCUUGAUAUAUUUUGUGUAUUGAAAUGUUAUUUUAAAUUGUGCAUUGAAGUUCUUACUGUUCAUUAAAAUACUUAUAAUUUCAGGACAUUUUUCUUAUAUGAAGAGUGACUGAAGUUAGGUCAUAAACAUUUAAUUUCAUAUAUAUCAAUCACAAUUAACAUAUCCAGGAUUUCUAUUAAGUGAAUUAUCAAUAUUUGAGAGCUGCCCAUGGUGGUAAGUGCCUGGCAGUGUUGAUGCCCUUUUUGGCAGAGUUGUUGAUGCUUAAGACGGGUCCCCCAAGGCUCUACGCAACUGACCGUGACACAUAUUGGAUGCAAAAAUUGCUGGUUUUCACCUUCUAAGUGUCUUUCCUCUGUCUUAACUUGGACAUAUUUUCUUAAUUUAAGGUUUUUGACUUCUACUGUGCAAAAAAGUUUAGACCCCUAGUACCUGUAAGACUUUAGAAACUAAAUGAAACAGCAUAUGCAAUGCCUCUUUAUUACUUUAUAUAAUUAGUAAGAUUAUAGUGUGUAGAACUUAUAGUAUUCAAAUAUAUUAUCAAUCCCAUAUAGUGGCGGCUUCUUUGGAGGCCUUCUUGUUUGAGGGGUUUUGCAUGCCUGUGUUUGUCAAGGCAAAUAAGCUCUCAGAGAUUAUUUGAGUGUGUCUGCUGUGUGUUUAUUGCGAGUAGUUUCUUUCUAGGGGACAAAGUGACUGUGGGGUCUGUUCUGCCAUACAUGACAAUUUAACUUAUUACUUGAUGAUACAAACAAUUUGAGCGAUAAGAUCUGUUUUAGUGUAUUUUUGUGCAUUGCUUCAACAGCAGAUUUUGCACCUCUGCUGUGAGUUUUAUCAUGUUAAAAAGAGUAUCAUUGUGUAAUAAUAAUAAUAGUUCUGGGACUGAAUCAGACAGUCUGGAGAUGUAUACGGUGCAUCAAGCUGUUGCCAUACAAAGUCUGUCCUGUCAUAAGCUCGCUAAUGAAUUGUUCAAGCUCUCUGUGCUGUCAUUUUGGAAAAAAUUAUUAACCAAGAGGCAGAAUAUAUUUUUUUGGUAUCAAGAAUUAAAAUUUGAAUAAGAUGCAAAUGAUAUAUCAUUUGUCAAGUGCACUGAUAUGUGAAAUACGUGAAAUUACAUUGCAGUCAUUAGAGAAUUAUGGAGGGACUGGACAAAGGUAAGAGAUACGGGAUCAGGGCAGAGAAUUGUUCAGUGCCACUCUGUCGGGUCCAGCUAUUUGUGAUUUUAUUUUGAUGUGCGAGUCUCACUUUCAUUGUGGCACCAAGUUGAUAAACAGAUAUGGUGUCAUUUGAAAAUGGGUUUGCACAUUUACAGUCUGUUAUCAGUAAGAGAUUUGUGGUACGGGUCUUUGCUUAGUUAGAUAUGGUUUAGCCACCCCGACUUUGUGCAUUGUGGAUUGCUCUUACGUCCUGGGUCCCAUUUUUAAAUCAGCCUUAGGUUAUAGGAGAGGUCCUGAUGACAUCUUCAUUAUAAUCUGUAUCUUGUGCCAAAAUGUGGUGUGUAGGCACAAAUCUGAGUUUAUAUCCUGAAAAAUCUCAUUUGCUCUGUUCAGGCCCCCACGGAUGAUUCAGGAAAAAUUGUAAACACAAUAUUGUCUUUCCCUGCAGUGUAUAGAAUACUUUCCUUGCUACAUUAACUGAGGUUUGAUGUAUAUAUCAGUGUGCGUCUCUGUUUUCUUAGUAAUGUUUUAUAAAGAAAAAUAGUAAUAAUUACUUAUUCAUACUUCACAGCCUUGCUUGCAUAUGCAGUAUUGGGAGUACAAUCAUGUAUAAAUUUGUAGUGUACUAUUUUUAAAAGUUCAAAUCUCAGUUUUGUAGCUAGAAGGUUUCUUAGCUGCUGUGGCAAGUUCUUCCCUGAUUGUCAAAGUUAUUUCUGGUUGGUAGCAAGACAGUGGUUUGUAGCCUGCACAUACCAAUAAGGUUGAGAUGCAUAGGUUGUGGCAUAUCAUCCCUCAACCUUUUGGUAACUUUAGCUCCUCAUUUUUUCUUAGUCACUAGUCUUACCCUCCCUCUUGUUUCUUCAAGGCUCAUCAGUUUUUGUUACUGUAAAGCAGCACUUUCUGUAACAAAAUAAUUUCAUAAAACAGCAGUUUAAUUGAAUAGCAUUGCUGCCUCUUGUUAGAUUACUGUACAUAUAUAUAUAUAUAUAUAUAACAUUUUAAGACUAUACAGGCUCCUGUUGUCUUGACUCUUGAUCAGAGGUGUCUUUGCUUGUGUUAGGCUUCGGCCAAAAUUUUCUUUUUAUAACCUUCUUAGCUUGUGAUACAUUCAUUUAGCCAGAGUGCUUAGGUCAUCUUUUCAGAAUCUAGUCCAAAGACACGAAUCAAACUAAAUUAAUGAACCUUAGUGAGUACUGUAGUAGAAUCUCUUAUGGAAUUUUUCAAAAGAUAGAUAUUAUUGUUAUGACAUUGUGAUGCUUUUUGCUUUCUGACUGCAUAAUGAAAGCACGUGCCAGUUUCAAGAGCCGAAGGUAAUUAAAUGUGUUUGAUGUCGGUUUUGGAGUAGCAUCAGUGGAGGUGUAACCUUGCCUUUGGCCCAUUAUUAUCUUUCCAUGGUCAGUGUUUCAUGAAGUCACUAAGAGUUUAUAGCGUUAUUUCUAUGAAGGAGAUUAUUAUUAUAUAUAUUAUAUUUGCUUUGCAUGUAGUACUUUAUUUUCUUUAUAUAAAAAACUUCAAAUAGAAGCAUUAUAUCUAUGCAGGGUUUAGGUUAACCAAAGUUGAUUGGCAAUACUAUAUUUUGUGUACAAAUUUCAGUUCAGCUUUACUUCUCAUAUUAGUGAGUUUCUGAUGCUAAGGUAGUUGCUGGUUGGGAGGUUUUAACAUAUUUGUUGAUAAGGAGCCAGAAAUUUGGGCAAGAGAGAAAACACGAGUUUAUGAUGCAAUGUGUUGAAAAUAGUCGUCAUUUCUAUGCAAAAUUCCAGAUUCAUUUUCAGGCUCAUGAGCUGCAGCUCCAGGUUAUGGUUUCUUUCAGAUUUUCUUGUCUAUGGACAGAAAUUCAUGGGAAUUGUUAACCUGGCUGUAUUUCUUUCAUGGCAGUAUUUUUUAUCUUUUCUUUCGUAAAGAAACUAUGAACGGUCAUUCGCAUUAACAAGUGUGUUUGCUGGUUGUGACAAAAGCAGGUUAGUGAUCCUGCUAAACUUUUGAUUAAUGUAAGUUUGUACUUUCUAAUUUGGGCUCCACGUUAACGUGAUGUAAAAUUGGUUUGCUUUUAUUUCUCCCAUUUUUCAAGUUAUUCAUUUUUACCAUUGUGUGUAAAAGGAGGGCUUUGUGGUGUUAUUUCAAUCAAAGUUCAAUUAGCUAAUAAGUUUGUAUUUUUUAUAUAUAUAUAUAUCUCUAUAUAUUUACAGUAAAUGCUGUACAUAUAUAAACCUGCAUAAUCUUUUAGCUGGUUUGUUAAAUAUGUUGGAUUAAUUUUAUGAGAAAAUUGUUUGAAAAUUGAGUGGUAGCCCACCCAGGUCCUUUCAUUAUUUCACUCCAUUGUAAAUUUUAAUCAUGAAGAAAUUGUGUUUAAACCCUGUUUUUGUAUGUUUAUGAAUUUUGUUAUUUUAGUCAGUAAGCAUUGACAGAUGCCACUGACUUUGUUUUAAUCAGGUUUUAUUUGCAGAGUACCAGUAGUAUAAUGUGAAGGAAUGUCUUGAAUUGGACUAUAGUCAAAAAACAUUAUAGUCAGUGGUGGUCUCUUGUUAUGGAUUUAUUUUGAAUCAUAGGUCUUGUUUAUUAUAUAGAAUAUAUAAUUUUUAUUUCAUCUUGCAUUUUUAUUGAUUUUGUUUUUGAUAUUUUAAACAGUUUAAACUGUUUUACAUAGCUUUACCUCUAUCAGGCACAUAUGAAUUAAGCUCAUAUUAUGUGCUUGUGCUUCCAUUAUAUGUAUCUAAUGUAAACAUUAUUUCAAGAGACGAGUUAGUCAGCUGCAGUUAUUUUCAAUUCUGAUGUCAUUGAAACUGUCAGAUGAGUUUUAUUGGUGGCUGGAAUUACUUGACUAGAGACAGACCACUUUCUGUAAAGUAAAGUAGUAGUCAAAAAUGCAGUAGCAUCAUACAGUAUCUGAUAUUUUGACCAGCAACAACCAGCUGGCAGCAGAUCUCGCUCCAAAAUCUAACACUUUCUUAUACAUAAUACUACUACGCCUGUGCUGGGCAUUAGAGAGAUUUUAUCAUCAUUGUCUAUAUAUGGAGUUUACAUUUUAUUAUUCCCUUAUAUGCAUGUGUCAGAAUUUUCCAAAUAUUUUUUUUAUGUAUAAUUUUAGAUUUAGUUUCUCACAUAGCUCUAACACCCAUAUACUCAUUAUAAUUAUUACUAUUCAUAGUUAUAAUAAUGGAAAUUUAUUAUUUUUAUUUAAUCUACUGAUGCAAGCAAAGGGAGAAAUUAUUGAUAUGCUUAUACUUUUAUCUUAUAUGCAUGAAAUACAAUAUAAUUUAUCGGUAAUGACAAUGCUAUUGCUGAAAAUAUGUAACAGUACUACUCUGGUAACUCUUUUGUAAUGCAACUAAUGUACUUUGUCUAUCAAUAAAAGAUUUAAUAACAAA